GCGUAAGUCAGGACGGGAAGAACAAAUUCCAGUGGUCUCAUAGUGGCAGCAUUCGAAUGAUUGGUCGUAUGUCUUGCUAAUUACCUUUACCCAGGAUCCCCUAAAUUUCCAAAGAUCUUCAAUAUCUCCUUAUCGCCUUUAUUUUUCUAAAGCUACAACAAAUACCACCCGUCUUCUCGACUUUUUUUUUUCUUCUCUCCUUCACAAUUCCAGAGUCGACACCAGCUCCUUUAGCAUCCCUACCUCAACACAUUCGGGUCAUUCUUUUUUUUUUUUUAAGAGGUUCUAUAGGAAAAAGGAUUGCUUUAUCGCUGCCGGUUUCUUGAUUUCCCUCUCGCCAUCAUGGCCACGGUAAAUGCCACUGUUGCUGGCGUCUUCAGCCAUCCUGAUACGUACCUUAACGUAUUCGAGGAGGUCACAAAAUACAAUGUCCACCUCAACGUGUUAGAACGCGCUUGGGCGGCUUGGUAUCUAUGGAUGCAGAACGACACGCUAGCCACGGGUAUCAUGAGCUUCCUCAUGCACGAGAUCGUCUACUUCGGCCGGUGUAUACCGUACAUGGUCCUUGACCGCAUUCCCUUCUUCAACCGGUACAAGAUCCAAAAUCAAAAGAUCCCGACGUGGAAGGAACAAUGGGAAUGUGCGGCGCUGGUGCUUCUCAGCCACGUUACCGUCGAAUUACCUCAGAUCUGGCUCUUCCACCCUAUCGCUACCUACUUCGGCAUGGACUACGGCGUCCCCUUCCCUAAGCUCUCGUCGAUGGCCCUGCAGAUCGCCGUCUUCUUCGUCGUCGAAGACGCAUGGCACUACUGGUUCCACCGGGCGCUGCACUACGGCCCCCUAUACAAGAUGAUUCACAAACUGCACCACACCUACUCGGCCCCCUUCGGCCUCGCCGCCGAGUACGCUUCGCCGAUCGAGACCAUGCUCCUCGCCCUGGGCACGGUCGGCAGCCCCAUAGUCUGGGUCUCCCUGACCGGCGAGCUUCACCUGUUCACCAUGUACGUCUGGAUUGUCGGCCGCCUGUUCCAGGCCAUCGACUCCCACAGCGGCUACGACUUCCCCUGGAGCUUGAGGCACUUCUUCCCCUUCUGGGCCGGCGCCUACCACCACGACGUCCACCACGAGAAAUUCAUCGGCAACUACUCCUCCAGCUUCACCUGGUGGGACUGGAUGCUCGACACCGAGUCCGGCCCCGAGGCUGCCAGGCGCCGCCGCGAGAGGAAGCUCAAGGCUGUCAAGGCCAAGAAGGCCGAGUAAAAAAGGGGCGGUUCAACAGACAAGAUCCCCCCUUUUAUAUAUAUAUAUAUAUAUAUCAACAAUCAGGAUGCACACUGGGACGGUAGGCAGGUCAGCUAGUGUGACAUUUUCCCCCGCCGAUUCUCUGUGCUUAGCACCUGGCCAGCAAGACAAAAGAUUCUGAGUGAAUGCGCUUGGCCAUUGGGAGGAGAGAAAUCAUCGGGUCCGAUUCUACGACACAGAACGGCGGUAACUCGAAAAGGGAAAAGG